AUGCUGCCUAGUCAACUACAUAUAUAUAUAUAUAUAUAUAUAUUUAUAUAACACAUUCAAGUAUAUGAUAUUUACUUUUUGUUAUCGUAUAUAUACAACCGCAUCAUAUUACAGGAAGCACAACAUUGAUAUUAUUGUUAUUUGGUAUUUUUUUUAAUUUCUAUCUUCUCUUAUCUUACAUACCAAACAAAAAUAAGCACCAACAAAAUGCAAAAUAUAGUCGAAGACAUCAAAUCAGAAAAUUCAAGAGAGAAUGAAAAUUUAUUUCAAAAGGAAGAAACGUCAAAUAAAAAUCCAGAAUUUGAUCAUGAGGAACUAAUGAAAUUAACUAAAGAAGCAAUAGAUAAUAUAAUUGAAAGUGAUCCGCUCUUUCGUGGUUUACCGGCGGAUGUGACAAUUGAAGAGCUUAAAGCUCAAAUGGCAGUUGCACAAGGGCAAGCAAUAACUGUAUACUUGAAUCGCGGAGAACUGCCAAAACUUGGAGUUGUGGUACCACCUUAUAAUACUACAGUUUUAGACCUUAAAAAAGCUAUUAAACGACAUACAACUUUAUCAUUAAAGAGAGAGAAUGUUAAAAGAAUAAUAAGUUGGAAGCAUGUAUGGAAAAAAUAUUAUUUAUGUUUCGAAAACGUAAAAUUAAUAGACGAUAAAGAAGAUAUAAAAACUUAUGGAAUUUCAAAUAAAGCAGAAUUGUACUAUAUAAAGAAACGUAGGGAAAAGAACAAAUUAGUAAGGAAUACUUAGUUAUUACAAAUAGAAUAUGUAGUUAUUAUAUAUUGAUAAUACAAUGUAUUUUUGAAUUUAUAAACGCACUACAGUAUUUUUCUCAAAAUUAUCAGCUGUCUGCUACAAGACUACUUUCUGGUGUGUGUAUUUCACAUUUUAAGUAUGGGUUUAUAUCUUCUAACAUGAAACAAGUUAACUUAAAUGCAGCAGAGUUAUAAAAGUCUGUGACAAUUAAUUUUUUUAGAUUUGGCAUUUUAUAUAAUGCUACUAAUCCUUUUUCUGUCAAAUUUAUACAAUUUGAUACAUCAAGGUAUUCUAGUGAAGGACAUUCCAUAGCUAACUUGUCUAUUGCCCAAUCAUCAAUGGUUUUACAUCCUUUGAGACAUAGCAACCGAAGUUGAAAAAGAUUACAUAAGAUAUUAAGAUCUUCAAAUUCUAUGGGAUAUGCCUUUAAGUCUAAUCCUUCUACAAUAUAUUCAGGAUCAUAGUUAAAUGGCAAACGAAUUUGACCUGUUUUGAACCAAUCUUUUUUAUGAUAGAACUUCACUCUUCCACCAAAUUUCAAAACAAGUACAGCAGCUGCUAUAUUGGGUCCAAACUCCGUAGCCUUUUCGUACCAAAAUUUAUUUAUAAAUUUCUUCCAUUCUUUUACCUUGUGUUGCCACCAUGUCUUAAAAUAAAAUGCUAAAAAAUCGUGUUUUUCACGUGCUUUUUGUGGAGUAAAUACGUAAUCAAAUAUUGAUUUUUCCUCUUUCCUAGGCUCUUCCACCUUAUAUGCUAUAUUAGAAAGAUCAAAACGUUUUUGAUUUAUAUUGCGUAUCAAAAACUUGAUGGCAGCAUUGUCAUUAUAGAACGUUCUUACAGUGUUAGAAUGUACUUUUUUAAAAAAGGUUAUAUUUCCUCCUGAAAUUUUCGUGAGAGUACAAAUCGAACGUUGAAUCCACAUUUGUGCUUUUAAA